CUCCAGUGUUAAGAGCCGCUUCGAAGCGAAUUGAGUUUGCGGCUGUGUGUGGGGCUCGCGCGUCUUGGACCUGGCGCACAGCCACAACUUGGCGCGUCCUGGGCGAACCACCCGUCAGCUCCCGAACACCGUUGCGCCCAAGUCGGGAACAACAAGAGACAUUUAACAAACAGACACGAUUCACCGAUCAAUCCGCCCGUAUCACGACUUCAAACCUCACAUCCCUUACUCCCGCGAUCGUCCGCCUAUUUCCGAAGCUACGUGGCUUUCGCGCUCGUCGCUCAGCGCUGAGCUCCCCUAGCUCCUAACAGCUGCGUACGCACUCACACCCUGCACGAUGGGAUCAUUAGCCACAUACUUUCUGGACGUAGUCUACUCGUUCACAAAUUGCAUGGUGUGCUUUCCGAGCUCACCACAGCUGAAGAUCAACAGUCGCAGUUUCAAGAUACUGCGAUUGCUCGGCGAGGGCGGUUUCUCAUAUGUGUACCUCGUACAAGACAACUCGAAUCAGCAACUCCUCGCGCUCAAGAAGAUAAGAUGUCCUUUCGGCCAGGAGAGUGUCAGCUUGGCGUUGAAGGAGGUGGAAGCAUAUACACUAUUCUCGCCGCACCCCAACAUCAUCCACUCGAUAGACUACUCGGUCGAGACAGACAAGUCCGACCCCUCGGCGAAGACCGUCUACAUUCUCCUACCGUACUACCGCCGCGGCAAUCUGCAGGACAUGAUCAACGCGAAUCUGGUCAACCACACAACUUUCCCUGAGAAGCGGCUGAUGGUACUAUUCCUGGGAGUCUGCAAGGCGCUCAAAGCCAUGCAUCAGUACAAGGUCAAAGGUGCACCGGGCGGUGCAAAGAGCGACAGCAAGGCCAAGAAGGUCGGGAGAGAGGCGGCGCGCGCAGAUGCCGCAGCAGCACAUACCAUGGAGAUGAGGCCAAGUCGGAGACACCAUGAGAAUGACGACGAAGACGACGAGCAGGCAGAGGGUUUGCUUGAGGAGAGCAAUGUCACAAUGGCACAGGAAGGUAUUGCGCCUGGCGGAGAAAGGGCAUAUGCCCACCGUGACAUUAAGCCUGGCAACAUCAUGAUUGACGAUGAUGGCAAGUCUCCCAUCCUCAUGGAUCUCGGCUCGUUAGCACCCUCACCAACGCCUAUUACGUCGCGCUCGCUCGCCCUACAAGUACAAGACACAGCCGCCGAACACUCGACGAUGCCCUACCGCGCGCCCGAACUCUUCGACGUCAAGACCGGCUCCGUCAUCGACACAAAGGUCGAUAUCUGGUCGCUCGGCUGCACAUUAUACGCGUGUCUGGUUGGCAAGUCGCCAUUCGAGUCCAGGAGCGACGAGACUGGUGGCAGUCUGAGCAUCUGCGUACUCGGCGGCGAUUGGAGAUUCCCUGACGAGGGGCCACAGCGGGGCAAGCAGAAGCAGCCAGCAGACGGGGAGGGAAUUAGCGACGCUGUUAAGGACGUUGUGCGAAAAUGCCUGACGCUCGAGCCGAGUGAGAGACCUGAUGUUGAUGAGCUCAUUAGCAUAGUUGAGGAUGUGCUGCAGAAUCUGCCUGAGGAUGGAUCAGAUGACUGAGCAUGUGGCGGCGUUGAAGAUCGGGCGAAUGUGUAUCAUCACAUGUUCAUGAGGUUGGUGUUCACGAAGCAUCCGAGGGGCUCAAUAUUUUACUAUACCCAUCUGAAGGCAUGUAUGUGACUUUGUGCAAAAGGCCUAAGCCUGUUACUCUGUCAUUCGUCUGUCGAUGUUUGGCUAAUUACGAUGCAAG